GUGAAGUCAGUUUGCCGUGAGUCUCUGUGCAGGGUUACAGCUGCAUCUGCAACGAGCAUUGAAGCCAGCUUUCCCUUCAGGCUGUCUUCAAGGAGUUGUUGUCUACAAUGGAGAGCAAGAAGAAGAGGAGUAUCCUGGAGCGUCUGAAUGCUGGGGAGGUGAUAAUAGGAGAUGGGGGUUAUGUAAUGCAGCUAGAGCGAAGGGGUUAUGUGAAAGCGGGACACUGGACACCUGAGGCUGCUGUUGAACAUCCUGAAGCUGUGCGGCAGCUGCACAGAGAGUUCCUACGAGCAGGAGCCAACGUGCUGCAGACAUUCACCUUCUACUGCAGUGAGGAUAAGCUGGAGAUCAGUGGCUAUGUCACCAACAUCACUGGGGCCCAGAUCAAUGAGGCAGCAUGCAACCUGGCCAGAGCGGUGGCUGAUGAGGGUGACGCAUUGGUCGCUGGGUGUGUGUCUAAGACUCCUUGUUAUCAGAAGAGUCACAGUGAGACAGAAGUCAAAGCCAUCUUUAAGAAGCAGAUGGACGACUUCCUCAAGAAGGACAUUGAUUUCUUUAUAGUGGAGUUUGUGGAUCAUGUGGAAGAAGCAGUGUGGGCAGUGGAGGUGCUGAAGACCAGUAGAAAAGCAGUGGGAGCGACACUCUGCAUCUCCCCUCACGGAGACAUGCAAGGAGUCCCGCCUGGAGAGUGUGCUGUCCAGCUGGUCAAAGCUGGAGCUGACAUCGUCGGAGUAAAUUGCCACUUGGACCCUCUGACGUGCGUUCGCACAGUGAAGUUGAUGAAAGAGGGACUAGAGAAAGCCGGUCUUAAGGCCCACCUUAUGAUCCAGCCGCUGGGCUUUCACACACCAGAGUGUAACGUCGGUGGAUACACCAGCCUUCCUGAGUACCCCUUUGCAAUGGAGACCAGAGCAAUGACCCGUUGGGAUAUUCAUAAAUAUGCCAGAGAGGCCUAUGAUGUUGGAAUUCGCUACAUUGGAGGCUGCUGUGGAUUUGAGCCCUACCAUAUCAGAGCUCUGGCUGAAGAGCUGGCUGCAGAGAGGGGGUUCCUCCCACCAGCUUCAGAGAAGCACGGACUCUGGGGGGCUGCUCUGGAGAUGCACACUAAACCCUGGGUCAGAGCUAGGUCUCGUCGAGAGUACUGGGAAAACCUCUUACCUGCUUCUGGACGUCCCAAAUGUCCUUCCAUGGCCACACCAGCCGAUGAUUACGAAAAAAGGCUGCAUUCCAACAUAUGAACAUAAUUGCUGAUAUCCUUUAUGUGUGAUCAGAUUAUCCACAUUUCUUCAUAUCAAGAGUGUUAAUCAAGCAUCUCAUCAAUAAUUAUUUGUCAGUCUGUCCAAGUGACUCAGCCUACCAUAAAUGCUGCCUCCCUUCUUUUUUCUUUACUAUUCCUAAAUUUACUAAUAAACUGUACAUGAAAAGGCAGCCCAGCUUGCAUUUUUACUACUUAAUGCAGGUGUAAUUGCAGUCUCCAUAGACAUAUCAUACUUGUUGACUGUUGUAAUCUGCUACUAAAUAUAAUGUUCACAUAUUCACAAUGGAAAAAAUAUUUUGUUUUUCCAACUUUUCUCUUUAUUAAAAACCAUUGCUGUAUUUGUUAUUGUAUAAAGGUGUGAGGCUUAAAGUGGAAAGGUGAUGGCAAGUUAAAUGGGUAGACAUUGCUUGGUUUAUUGUUGGUAAUGUAUUUUUCUUCAAUAAUUUGCUCUUUCGAUUUCAUCAUUUACUGUCUAAGUCUGAGCAAAUCAUUUCAUUGUAAAUUUAAGUGUAUUAACCACAUAUCAUACAUACUGUAGAUGCUCCUUAUCUUCAGGAUGCUCUUUUUUAAAAAGAGCUCAUACAUUACUGUAGAACCACUGAAACUGCCAUGCUGUAUUUGUUUGUCUUUUGAUUUAUUAAUUAAUGCUCCUUUUCUGGCAGUCUGGUGAGAAAGAGUAUGGUCUCUAGACCUGCUCUAUUUGAAAAGUGCCUUUAGAUAGCUUUUGUUGUGAUUUGGUGCUAUAUAAAUAAAGAUUGAUUGAUUGAUAUUAUGCUGUAUGUGUAAUAUGCCUGAUCCAAUUAUUUUAUUUCUAUUCCUGUUAACAAAAUGAGAUUUUCACAUAUUAAACCCUGAUUUCUCAAAUAUUUCUAAAUGUUCUAUAAUACUGAUAUAUGCUCAAAGUUGAAAGGGAGAAGUGAAUGAACUGGCCCACAAUGAGAGAUAUCUCU